ACAAAAUCUCCCUCUCUCUCUUUCUCACCUAUUUCUUCUCUUGAUUUCUGUAUAUUCGUCCAUUGUUUCAAUUUGAAGGUUAGAUAGUCACAUACUUAUGGUAGAAUUGGAAUGAUAAAGGCAACAAUGUUUACAGAGACGAACAGUUUACCUUGAAAGUUUGGAAAUAUAAUGCAUUCUGAUCCCAACGUUUCUUCAAUGGCCAACUAUGAAGAUUAUGCCAACCGAAACAGUAGCUUCUCGGCGUAUGACCCAAGUCGCCCGAGCGGCGAGGGCUCUCCAAUGAUGAUGUCGCCAUGGAACCAAACUUCACCCUUCACCAAAUCUCCAUGGUCGAACUUCGAAGAGAACAUUAAAAACCUCCCUCAGAAUGGCCUCACCGGAUCUAUUGUUCGUGAGGAAGGUCACAUUUACUCUCUGGCCGCGAAGGACGGUAUUUUGUACACUGGGUCGGACAGCAAGAACAUACGUGUUUGGAAGAACUUGAAAGAAUUUUCAGCGUUCAAAUCGAAUAGUGGAUUAGUUAAAGCCAUUAUAAUCUCCGGCGCAAAGAUUUUCACCGGUCAUCAGGACGGUAAGGUUCGAGUCUGGAAGGUUAAUCCCAAGAACCCUAAUGUCCACAAACGAGCUGGUACUUUACCCACAUUCAUGGACAUAUUGAAAGCUUCAAUCAAACCAAGCAAUUACGUCGAAGUUAAACGUAAUCGCAAAGCUCUUUGGAUCAAACACAGCGAUGCCAUUUCUUGUUUGAGCAUUAAUGAAGAACGAGGACUUUUGUACUCAGCUUCGUGGGAUAGAACAUUCAAAGUCUGGAAGGUUGAUAACUCGAGAUGUGUCGAAUCGGUCAAAGCCCACGAUGACGCCGUUAAUUCCGUCGUCGUCAGCGUCGACGGCAUGGUCUUCACCGGCUCCGCCGAUGGAACCGUGAAAGUUUGGAGAAGGGAGGGAGAGGGUAAAGUUAUUAAACACACUUUCAUGCAGACACUUCUGAGCCAAGAAUGUGCCGUCACUGCUCUCGCCGUCAGUAAGUCCGGUUCGGUGGUUUACUGUGGCUCCUCUGAUGGGCUUGUGAAUUUCUGGGAACGAGAGAAGCAGUUGUCCCAUGGAGGUGUUCUGAAGGGGCACAAAUUGGCGGUUUUGUGCCUCGCCGCCGCCGGAAAUCUGAUAUUCAGCGGCUCCGCUGAUAAAACUAUAUGUGUGUGGAGGAGGGAGGGGACGGUUCAUACUUGCCUUUCGGUGUUGACCGGCCACACCGGACCGGUGAAGUGUUUGGCGGUAGAGGAGGACAGAGAAUCGACGUCGUCCGGCGAACAACGGUGGGUUGUGUACAGCGGCAGUCUUGAUAAGUCGGUGAAGGUGUGGAGUGUGUCGGAGAUGUCGCCGGAUUUGCAUCAGAUGGCUGUUAUGGAGCAACGGGACGUGUCGUGGGAUUCUAUACCGUCGGCGAAGUAUUGAUCGUGCACUGUGAUGGGCCCCACGAUGCUGAUGUUGAAAUCAACGGUCUAGUAAGUGCCACGUGUGAGCUAAUCCCAUGAGUUUGAUAUGAGAGAGAAGCUUGGGUUGGAUACUUUGAAAAUUUAAUGUAAUAUAAGCCAUGCUACUUAUAAAUUUUAUGGAUAAAAUCUGAAAAGA